AAAUAUCAUUAUAAUUCUAAGUUAGAUGACCUUGAUUAAAUCUUUGAAAAUCACAAAAGUGUUAUCUUGAGUUGAAAAUACUGAAAAGAAUGCUUAAAUUUUCAACACCAGUUUUUGAGUUGAACUGAGCUCUUUUGUUCAAGUUUAUUUAAAAGAAAAAAUUCUGUAUUUGAAACACAGGGUGCAUUAUUUAAAUCUACUCAAUAUAUCUCAUAGAAAGUACUCAAAAUAACUGAGACACUGGUAUUCAUACUUAUCAUUGUCUUGAACUUUAAUUAUUAAUGGUUCAAAAUCAAUAUAAUUUUGUCCCCCAAUACUAACUUAAAACUUUGAGUAAGACUAAUGACCUUUGGCAUGUACCGCGCGCGAGGAGCAUGGCCUCAUGCGAGAUUUUCUGCACGUUGAACGAGACAGACGCACAUCGACUGCAGACUUGGUAACGUUUUCAGCACCAUCUUCACCACCAGGAGAAAAAAUCUGCAUCAACUACAAAGUAAAGCAGGUCAGGGCAGAGUUUCAUAGGAUCACGACCCUGAACCUUGAACCAAAGUUCAUGUCAUCGUUGGACUUGUAUUCAUCCAAACUCCUGUCCUUGUUUCAAGCCAAGAAAGGUGCUGCUGGACAACGCCACAGGGCACAGUUAAACCUUCUGCUUCAGAGUGGAAAUUCCAUCGAGAAAAAACGAGAAGUCAUCAUCAGAUGUCUCAUUGACCAUCUGGGAGAGGAUCCAAGUGCCUUAAUCAAAACCUUUGAGGACGGUGCUGAUGCUGUCUUUGUUGAAGAGGCUUUGGCUGAGGAGGUGAUGAAGAUUUACCUGCUGCAGAAUCAAGACAGGUCAGGCGAACCUACUGAUGUGGGUAUUGUUAUUGAAGGCGUUACUGUUCUGGGCAAACUUGGGAAUCUGAGCAAAGCCUGUUGCUAUCUUUUGGGACUGUGCUAUGCUCUGGAUCUGAAACACCCCAAGAAUCUCAAAUGCACAUUUGAAGCAUUUCAAAAGUGUUCAUGGAGCUGGAUCCAAGAAACCUUUCUGUCAAGGUUCAAAGACUGAAAAAUGACCUCUGUUCAUUGUAGACAAAAUUUCACAGGGCUGUUCUUAAAGUGUUAGACUUGUUAAGUGACAUGUAAUGCUCAUCAAAAGGU